AUGGAGAGCGGCGCAGCUAGGGCUUUGGGAGAUCGGGACGAGACGAUGACGGAUCCCACGGAGAAGGGGAGGCCACCAGGGGAUCCGCCGGACGGGAAUGGAGAGGAUGGUGAACCAGUAAUCACUAUUGGAAGGGAGGUGUUGGAUGCGAUGAACAGUUUGUGGAAGCAGUGUAUGAUUGUGAAGGUGUUGGGAAGGAGUAAUCCUAUUGCGGUUCUCCACAAGAAGCUGAGAGAGAUGUGGAACCCCAUUGGAACGAUGCAGGUAUUGGAUCUUCCGAGACAAUUCUUUAUGGUCCGCUUUGGAGAGGAGGGAGACUACUUGCAGACGCUGACGGGAGGCCCGUGGAGAAUGUUUGGUAGUUACCUUAUGGUGCAAGCAUGGUCCCCGGAGUUUGAUCUGAUGGUGAAUGAAAUCACCACGACCCCUGUUUGGGUUCGCAUGUCAAAUCUCCCGAUCAACUUUUACCAUAAGACCAUUCUAAUGGGGAUAGCCAAAGGGAUUGGCAAACCGCUAAGGGUGGAUGCAACUACGUUGAAUUUGGAGAGAGCCCGCUUUGCAAGGGUGUGCGUGGAAGUUAAUUUACGGAAACCGCUUAAAGGGUCGGUAUUGAUCAAUGGAGAUAGGUAUUUCGUUUCCUACGAGAGAUUGCCUGAUAUCUGCUCUCGGUGUGGCAUUUAUGGCCAUCUGGUUCACAAGUGCCCGUUAGGGGAACCACAUCGAGCUGAGGAGAUACGCAGGGAAAAUGCGGUUGUGACUAGUCCGGUGAGAGAAACGGCCGAUGAUGGUUUUACCCCAGUGCGCAGGCAGAAUAGGCGACCGUCGGAACCAGUCGUGUUCCGGGCAGGGAACUCCGGAGAGAAUCUUGGGCGUAAUUUGCGGGAUAUUACGAGCAGUGGAGAUAAUGCGAAUAUUACACUUUCCAACAGUUUUGGAAAUUUGGGUUCGGAUAUGGAAGAGACUGAGAUAUGUCAAGUUGAUAUAUCCUCGGAGGCAAAUAAGGAGAAUGAAAUCAUGGUACAAGAUACGAGUAAACCAGCUUCGAAAGUGGUUAGUGGAAGAUUGUGUAACAAAGCAGGGCAGCGAGAAAGUGGGAAAGGGAAAAAGGCGGGACAGAAUCCGGCUUUGAAGCCCAAUGGGCCAAAAGCAAAACCAAAGCACACUCAGCCACAAAUGAGCUUGGUGUUUGGCCCAUCUACAUCAUAUGGGGACCCAUCGUCAUCGGGGAAGAGACUACGGGUGGAGGUGGCGACUGUGGUGAGACCCGGUGAUGCGUUCUCAACCGGAUCUGAUGGCGGAAUCAGGCCGGCGAUGGUGGAUGAGGAAAGGCUGGCGAAUUUGGGAUCGUUUGAUUUGGGAUUGGAGGAGAGUCUGAAUCGAUCAGACCCGAUUGAGCAGACGUCGAUGAGUCAAGGCGGAUUGGGGUCAGUGGCUCUCUGA